GCAGCCAUAGCAGCCAGAUUUAGCUUCGUAAACAAAGCGGACAACUAGCGGGCUAACCGUUAUACCAAUACCUUCGUCACCCUCGUAAAACACGUUCUAAAAUUGAGAGUAAAGCAUUUGCGGGGACAGUUUCAGAACGGUAUAACUUAGUAAAGACAUUUUCUUUCUAAUGACAUGUAUUAAACAGUUUCAAUGAUCGUAUGUAACGUUAGCUAACCACUAGCAAUCUGGUUAGCCUUUCAUUAAGGCUGUAUUGAUUCGGGUGAUAACGUUAGUGAGCAAAAUGAAACUUAACUGUUUGGUCAGUAUUGUUAGUGACCGUCUGCGAAUAAGAGGAUGUAUCUUAGUUGAUAUUUAUUAGUUUAUUUCGUCACUUAAUAAUUCUCUAACGUUGCUAGAAAACAAAAUGUCUGUAAUCAGAUCUUUACGAAUCAGAUAAACGUGCUAGCAGAUAACGGGUUGAUCGAAAACACGAAGAAUCAGGAACGUCAGUAAUCGGCCAGAACGGCUGUCAUGAAAUAAUAAAUCCCAGUUCAAGCACUUGGGGUGAAAUGUUCAAUCUGAUGGCGAACUGCUGCAACUGGUUGAAACGAUGGAGAGAACCUGCAAGGAAGGUGACGUUAGUAAUGGUUGGACUGGACAAUGCUGGAAAAACUGCUACUGUCAGAGGAAUCCAGGGAGAAAGUCCUUUAGAUGUAGCACCUACAGUGGGCUUCUCAAAGGUGGACCUGAAGCAGGGGAAGUUUGAGGUCACAAUCUUCGACCUGGGUGGCGGGAAGCGUAUCCGCGGGAUUUGGAAAAACUACUACUCUGAGUCUUACGGAGUGGUGUUUGUUGUGGACUCCAGUGAUGUUCAAAGGAUCCAGGAGACCAGAGACACAAUGGCUGAGGUUCUCCGGCACCCUCGUAUUGCAGGCAAACCUGUAUUAGUACUGGCUAAUAAACAGGACCAAGAUGGGGCAUUGGCUGAAGCAGAUAUCAUUGAGACCCUGUCAUUGGAGAAGCUGGUCAAUGAAAAUAAAUGCCUCUGUCAGAUUGAACCCUGUUCUGCAGUACUGGGUUAUGGUAAGAAGGUUGACAAAUCCAUCAGGAAUGGUCUUAACUGGCUGCUGAAUAACAUUGCCAAGGACUACGAGGCAAUUUCAGAGCGUGUGCAAAGAGAUACAGCUGAGCAGAAGGCUCAAGAAGAAAAAGACAAAAAGGAAAGAGCAGAGAGAGUUCGACGGAUCAGAGAGGAGAGAGACAGACAGGAGCGAGAAGAAGCAGAGCGAGAAGGAAGGACAUUGAAAGAGGAAGAUCUAGAUGAUGUUGACAUGCCCAACCCUUUCCAGGCAAUAAACAAUGUUGUUAAUGAGAAUGAAGACAGACUAAACAAAGAGAAAGCGAUGCAAAGACAGAGAGAAAAUGGCCAGCAGGGCAGUCUGCAAGAACAGACAGUCCUUCAAGAUGAGGAUGAAGAUGAAGAGGAGGAGGAUGAAGAGAGCAAGAGACAGACCCCAGAGAGCACAGAAACAGGAGCAGUGGACCAGAACAAAAAGAAAACUAGAAAAUUACGAUUAAAACGUAAGCACAGAGUCGACCCUCUCAAAGUGGAAGAAGCAGCACCCAAAAGCCCAACCCCUCCUCCCUUACCAGUUGGAUGGGCUACUCCUAAAACUUCUAGGCUCCCCAAACUUGAGCCUCUUGGAGAUACAAGACAUUCUGAUUUCCUUGGCAAACCUCUCCCACCUGUAGCAAUUAGGCAGAGGCCGAACAGCGAUACUCAUGAUGUUAUUUCCUAACACUGCCUCUGCUUCCCCCCUGACUGGUUUACAAUUCUCAAGGGUCCCAACCAAUCAAAGUAUUGUUUUGUUCUUAUCUUCAAGCACGGGCAGUAUAGCAAACUACGCAGAUGCAAUUGCCCAGAAGCGAGGAACUGAUACCCAAUCGACAAACCCAGAUGGAUCACAUGACCUCGAGCACCUGUUGACUGGUGGUCAGAAGAAGCUGUGUUUAAAUGAGAUGGGGGACAUGGACAUUUAUAAUCAGAUAAUGUGUUCAAAUUUUGAAAAGUUUCACCAUUUGUUUUCUUUGGAGCCGUUUGUCUUGUUUUUAUCAAAAUACUUCAAAUCAGUAUUAACAGACAUGAAACUGAAUUAGGAUCAAAAUAUAUCACAGACCUAUUUUUUUUAAGAGAACUGAAAUGUAUGUAAAUACAUAAGAGUUUAAAUUUGUGUACUUGAAAUUGUACAAACAUGUUUUUAUGGUCCACAUGCAUAUCUUAAACUCUUCUAUAAUGUGCAGUUGAUUGUGACACAGUUUGCCUUUUAAAUAUCAGAUGAUCUUUUUUUUCCAGCAGCAUUUAUAGAUUUAUACACUACGCUGUCCUAAUUUUGAGAACGACAUUCAUACUCUCAAACAGCACCAGCAACAGAUACAGAGAUCUGGAGAAAGUGAACUUUUAAAUGUGAUGGAAAAUGUUUUUGCAAACCCAUUGAGUUUGAAACGGCAUUUUUUGCUUUACGGCACACUUUGCUUUAUUAGGAAGGGAAACGUUUGCCAUCUUCUGAAAGAUGAUGAGUGGGUAAUUUCAUGAUUUAUUGUAAAUGUAACAAUACUCAACAUCAAAUAUAAAUGCUUAUUUUAAUAUAUGAUGUCAUUUAUUGUAAACGCCGCUUUCAUAUUUAUUUGAUGCUAUUGCCAUUUUUAUAUUUGACAUUGUUUGAUGUUUUGUUUUGUAUUUUACCCCCACACACUAAUAUUUAGUUGAUGCAAAGUGCUGUGCGUCAUCCAGUUUGCUCUGCUUUCGAUACCUGCGCCUUUUGUACCCAGUUUACACUCAAUAUGAACGUCAAAUAAAUGACUGAAUAAAUAAAAAA